GCGGAGCGCGGCGGCCGCUCCCGUUGCCGUCACAGGCGGGCGCGGUGUGCGUCGGGCCGCGGUGCUGCGGAGGAGGAAAAAUGUGACACAGCUCGUAGCAGAGUGACACACAAGGCCCUGUGCUUUCAGUGACUGGCUUCAUUUACAAAGAACUGGAUGCCCAUGCUGAAUUUUAUCUCUGAAAGCUGGAGAAAGGAGUGGACUUAAUCGAUGUUAUGGUAUGCAAAAUCCAUCCACACAUGAGGAGAAGAGCCCUCUUCGUGGUAAUGUUAGAGGAAUAGCAGUUGGAGACAACCUGCUGCACUCUCCUACUCCAUAAAACAAACAUCAGUAAAGCCAAGCAGCAAGAAAAGGCUUCUUCAUGACAAAAUGACAGCAAGAGAACACAGUCCCCGCCAUGGUGCAAAAUCCCGCACUAUGCAACGGGCCUCCACCAUUGAUGUGACCUCGGACAUGCUAGGCCUUUCUCUAGCAGGGAAUAUUCAGGAUCCAGAUGAGCCGAUUUUAGAGUUCAGUUUAGCUUGCAGUGAGCUGCUAACGCCAUCACUAGAUCGAAAACCAAAUAGUUUUGUAGCGGUGAGUGUAACUACACCUCCUCAGGCAUUCUGGACGAAGCAUGCACAGACAGAAAUUAUUGAGGGAACAAGUAAUCCUAUCUUCCUAAGCAGCAUUGCCUUUUUCCAAGACUCUCUUAUCAAUCAAAUGACACAAAUCAAACUCUCCGUGUACGAUGUCAAAGACAGAUCUCAGGGAACAAUGUAUCUGUUGGGUUCUGGGAUGUUCACUGUAAAAGAACUUCUACAAGAGAAGAAUCACAGGUUGCACUUAACACUAAGGUCCACCUCCAAAAAAAUUUCAACGCAGAGUAUUUGUUGCAGGUCUGCUGAAAGUGACCGUGUAGGUAACAUUACAGUUAUUGGAUGGCAAAUGGAGGAAAAAACUGACCAAAGGCCUCCAGUGACAAGGUCACCUGAUACAAUUAAUGGAAGGACUGUGUUACCCGUUGAUGAAAGUUUAACAGAAUCUUUAGGAAUCAGAUCCAAAUAUGCUUCAUUACGGAAGGAUGCACUACUGAAAUCUGUGUUUGGCGGUGCCAUUUGCCGGAUGUAUCGUUUCCCCACCACUGAUGGAAACCACCUGAGAAUCUUGGAGCAAAUGGCUGAGAGUGUGCUGUCACUGCACAUACCCAGGCAAUUCGUGAAGCUUCUUCUAGAAGAAGAUGCAGCAAGGGUUUGUGAACUAGAAGAAUUGGGCGAAUUAUCUCCAUGUUGGGAAAGCCUUCGGCGACAAAUAGUUACUCAGUACCAAACAAUUAUUUUAACUUAUCAGGAAAAUCUAACUGACUUGCAUCAAUACAAAGGUCCUUCAUUUAAAGCCAGUAGCUUGAAAGCUGACAAAAAAUUGGAAUUUGUUCCCACAAAUUUACAUAUACAAAGAAUGAGAGUCCAGGAUGAUGGAGGAUCAGAUCAGAACUACGACAUAGUCACCAUAGGAGCACCAGCAGCUCAUUGCCAAGGCUUCAAAUCAGGUGGCUUGCGGAAAAAGCUGCAUAAAUUUGAAGAGGCAAAGAAACACAGUUAUGAGGAGUGUUGCACUUCAACAGGUUCCCAGUCAAUAAUAUACAUCCCACAGGACAUUGUUAGAGCAAAGGAAAUCAUUGCACAAAUCAACACCCUGAAAACUCAAGUCAGCUAUUAUGCAGAAAGGCUCUCACGGGCUGCCAAGGAUAGAUCAGCUAAUGGCCUUGAAAGAACACUGGCUAUCCUGGCAGAUAAGACCCGGCAACUCGUCACAGUCUGUGACUGCAAGUUGUUAGCAAAUUCAAUACAUGGACUAAACGCUGCAAGGCCAGAUUAUAUAGCUUCAAAGGCAUCUCCAACCUCUGGAGAAGGGGAACAAGUGAUGCUGAGGAACGAUCAAGAUACACUAGUGGCCAGAUGGACGGGACGAAACAGCCGAUCUUCUCUGCAAGUGGACUGGCAUGAAGAGGAAUGGGAGAAAGUUUGGUUGAAUGUUGACAAAAGUCUGGAGUGCAUUAUACAGAGAGUGGACAAACUUCUCCAGAAAGAGCGCCUGCAAAGUGACAGCUGUGAAGACGUUUUCCAGUGUGACAUCAGCUGUACUAGUAAGAAAGGUAAUCGGGACACCCGUGCCUACUGGAUAAAUCCAGAAGAUGUAAAUGAGACCUCAUCUUCCUCACCACCAUCAUCCUCACCACCACCAUCAUCCACCCCAUCCUGUGCAUGCCAUUCUCUCAGAAAGACAAAUUGCAGCCCCGCUCCGGAAGAAUCUGCCCCAGGAGAAUGGAGCGAAGCUCUUUAUCCUUUGCUGACGACACUCACGGACUGCGUGGCCAUGAUGAGUGACAAGGCCAAGAAAGCCAUGGUCUUCUUGUUAAUGCAGGACAGCGCCCCAACGAUAGGGCUGUGUCUGAGUCUUCAGUAUCGCAGGGAUGUUGUCUUCUGCCAAACUCUGACAGCUCUCAUAUGUGGUUUCAUUAUCAAGCUGAGGAACUGCCUGCACGAUGAUGGAUUUCUAAGACAACUCUACACCAUCGGCUUGCUGGCACAGUUUGAGAGCCUGCUGAGCACUUACGGCGAGGAGCUGGCAAUGCUGGAGGACAUGAGUUUGGGAAUCAUGGACUUGAGGAAUGUAACCUUUAAAGUAACUCAGGCAACAUCAAAUACAUCUACUGACAUGCUGCCAGUCAUCACUGGAAAUCGUGAUGGAUUUAACGUGAGGAUCCCUUUGCCAAGCGCCUUGUUUGAUUUGCUGCCACGAGAGAUUCAGAGUGGCAUGUUACUGAGGGUUCAGCCUGUGCUCUUCAACGUGGGGAUCAAUGAGCAGCAAACCCUAGCGGAGAAGUUCGGAGACACCUCGCUGCAGGAAGUAAUAAACAUGGAAAGCUUAGUGCGGUUAAAUUCGUAUUUUGAGCAAUUCAAGGAAGUUUUGCCUGAUGAUUGUCUACCUCGAUCUCGUAGUCAGACGUGCCUGCCUGAACUGUUAAGGUUUCUGGGACAAAAUGUACAUGCGAGGAAAAAUAAGAAUGUUGAUAUCCUUUGGCAAGCUGCUGAGAUAUGCCGCAGACUAAACGGUGUUCGGUUUACAAGCUGUAAAAGUGCCAAGGAUAGGACUGCUAUGUCGGUCACCCUAGAGCAGUGUUUGAUCCUACAGCACGAACAUGGAAUGGCUCCACAGGUCUUCACCCAGGCUCUGGAGUGUAUGAGGAGCGAGGGUUGUCGGCGAGAAAAUACAAUGAAGAAUGUUGGAUGUCGCAAGUAUGCAUUUAAUUCCCUGCAACUGAAGGCUUUCCCAAAGUAUUACAGGCCUCCAGAAGGAACUUAUGGAAAAGUUGAAACAUAAGCAUCUUAUGUCCUUUAAUUGCUGUUCCAUUAAGACGUGUGGCUGCACUCUAGACUAAUACAUGAUUUUGUCAUCCAGACCAGACCAAUAACCUUUUUGUACGUUUCACUAGGUUAUACGGAGCAUGUUACUUACCGAAUCGGAGUCUGUAGUAACAGUUAUUCUGACACCUUAGCUUGAGAAUAGUGUGAUGACUCUGCCCAUUUAAAUAGCCUUCAGUGUAUGUAAGAUGAGCAGAUAUUGUACUACUUAAUAAUUACUUCCAUGCAUAUAGCUGGGUACCUCCUGGAUGGGCAAGGACUUUGCGAAUGGCGUUGAGGCAGCUGUUUCACGUAACAUCUUUCAGUACUGAGUUGACUUCAGACUGAGCUUUUCAUAACUUUUUCAAACUGAGAGUAAAACUCAGCCGUUGUAAAUAAAAAGGGACUGGACCGUAGGCAGUCUCCUAACAGUAGAAUGCAUUAUUGCAAUCAAGAAACAGAUGUUCAACUUCUAAAAAUAAUCAGCACAAUAACAGCCAGGAGUAUAAAUUGUUGCACUGUAUAUAGGACGCCAUCUUGAAAUACGAAAAGAAUAAUAAAAAGGCCAGGUAUAUGAGGUCUAGUUUGUAGUCCUGUCCAAAUAAAGACAAAUAACGAUCGUUUUUGGCACAAAAGGACUUGGGCAAAUGUUAACCAAUUUUAAAAAGCAUUUCAAAACGUAAUGAUGUUAGUCAAUUAAUGACAGCGACAGUUCUCCCAGCCCUUCCCCACUAUGACGUGUUCACUGUGUUCCAUGGUAGCGUAUAUCAAUUAAUGUGUUCCUUUAUCCAUGGCUUUUUAUAUUGCUUCUGGAUUGAAAGCAUUAGGAUGUCAGGGCAUUGCAUUUUUUUAAUUGGUGUUUGGUUUUUAUCAGUAUCUGUCAACUCAAAAAUGCCUGAAGUACCCAGCAUCCCCCUUACUCCCUAACAAAAAUUUUACAUUUGUUAAGUUUUGCAUUUUACCUUACUAAAUUUUCAGAAUUAUGCAUGGGCAGUAUGACUAUUUUCAAAGUAUUCCUGGAGAAGGUAGCAGUGUCUCAUUUUGCUGGAACGUAACUCAUGUGCUAAUGCUUGAGAACCUCAGGUGUGUUCUAGCUUAAGGCUAAGGUUUGAUAGUCAAUCAAACAGUUCGAUAGCGUUUGAUAAAGGCUCAGUACAUCUCCAUGGAAAUCAUCUCCCAAAGGAUGCCUUUGAAGAUAGGAUACGUUCUUAAAAAGCAGCUAAACGUUAAGUUCCAAAUCUUAGCAGGAUUAAAUCAUUCCUAACUAGCUUCAUUCAGCCCACUGUGCCCUACCCCUCUUGUUUCCGAGGGCUGUGAGCUGUAGAAUAGAAAAGCUGGUCAUUUGUUCUUGUGAGAGUAGCAACAGCCAGGUAAGUAUAUGGCUGUCUUCUGGUUUCUUUCUCCCUCUCACUGAUGUUUGUCUGUGCUGUCACUGCUCUAUCAGUCAUGUUCAUUCUGCUCCCAUGUAGGUGUGGGGGUUUUAAGUCCAGCAGUUUUUGCAUUUUGCUUUUUGCAGUCUGACACUGAGCAGCAUGUCACAAAACCAGUGAAGAGAGUUCUGCUGAACCAGGUUGUCACCGUUAUUGCAGUCAUUCUAGGAGGAAAAAAAAAAUGCUGUGCAAAUUCAAUGCGUUUGUAGUUCCUUUCCCAGUACUAAGCUCAUCUUCUGUAGUAGGACAGUCCCUUGGAGAACUGCAAACCUUGUCCUCCAAUUAAAAAUUGUUGGUUUUUGUUCUUUUUUUUUUUUAAUAUGUAAACAAGUAUUUGGUGAAAACCAUUGCAGUGAGAUUUCUUUAGACAUUAUUCUCUUAGUUCUGCUCAACCUUCAGUCUCUGGUCCGUUAUUAAAUGCUACAUUUAUUUUUGUAUACACGAUAGUCUUGAUAUCCCUUAGUUUUUAUGAGUUGAUAAUUUUAUUUUGUCUAUUUCAAACAGAGUUAAUAUUUUAAGUCCUAUAUCGUUACACUAGAAGUCUUCUUCCAGUGUUCAGCUCCAGAAGAAAGCAGCAAGAGGUCUGUCGCUGCAAUUAGCAGAGCCGCUCUCUUAGGUGGUGGCCCACAGUCUUUAGAUCUACUCUGAGAGCUUAGUGAUCCUUGGUUUAUUUUGUAUACCAAUGCAGUCAGAUGUUCCUGAAUUUUCUGUACGCGUGGUUUUUGCUCACCCUUUUAAAGCGGUGGAAUACCAAUCUCAAGCAUUGCGUUACUUUGUUUAAAAUAUUCUGGUUUUAGGGUACUUCCGUGUAGGACGUGAUUGUCCGGCUGACACGUGAUACGUGCAGCGGUGUCAGUACCUGCACGCCAGCGGCUUGUUGUAAGGGGCGUAACGAGCAGGGAGAUCCUGAGCAGUUAAUCUAAAAAGAAAAACUGUGAAACUUGAAAUCCACAUAGGACACUUCACAAGGGUGAAGUAAGCUUUUCUGUUGCACAGGAGAGACAAACUUAAGGAUUACUGUAAAAUGAAGUUCUGUCUAAUGUUCUUUUUUUGAGUACCUUUUUUAAAUUAUAAAACAUACAAGGGUAAAAAGACAAAAAAAAAAAAAAAAAACAACUUGCCGAGUAUGUUCUGUGUAUGUUCCGUGAAAGUAUUUACAGCACAGUUGCCUUUUGUUUCAUUUAUACAUGUAAAAUGAUUGUAUAAUACGACACUGUUUUGUCCCAACACAAUUGUAUUUGCCAAGCUUCGUGCAUCGAAAUAUUUUUAUUUAUUUGUUUUUGGGCAGUAUUAAUAUAUCAUAAACAUAUGGCUACUGUUUUAUAUAUCCUAGUUCAUCCAAUCCAUGUAUGCUGUACAUGUGCUAGUCUUUAGGAUGAAAACCAAUAAAGAACUGACAGUACCAAGA